CCCACCACUGCGAAAAUGGCCGACAAGUCCCAGGAGCAGGUCGUCCGCGCCCCCGAGGAGGGGACGUCUGUUGAGGUGCGUGGUGACGUCUGAGACAGGGCAGUGGAGAGGGGAACAGCGUUGCGGGCGAAGUCGCGCGGCGAGCUUCUCGACUCUGUUUACGCCCCGCAUGGCCUAUCUCCGCCUCAUCCAUCCCCCGUCUCAAUCUCGCGGACUUUCACCUUGCUCCCCGCGCUAUCAACCGCUCUCAGGCAUCCGCAAGCUCGCUGCGCCCACACUCGCGCCCGUUCGCCCACAGCUAACCCCAGUUCUCCCCCUCCCUCUUGCAACGACUUAUGGCGCCGCGCGCCGCCGCACCGAGCACCGACGACCUUGUGCGCCAGCGCUUGGCGGCCGAGAGCGCUGCGCUGCGGCAGAAGGAGGCCGAGAUCUUGGGCUCGAUCUCCGCCGCGCUCGAGAAGGAGAACCUCGACCGCGAGAAGCCUGGCAUGAGCUCCGAGGUGCUGGGCCACGACAUCGAGGCAGUGCGCGAGAAGAUCGAGCGCAUGGCGCAGGACAAGAAGAACCUCGAGACGCCCGAGUUGGCGGCUGCCCGGGCGGACGUCGUGGCUUGCUACAAGAACAAGCCCGAGCGCGCUCUCGACUGCUGGCGCGAGGUCGACGCUUUCAAGGCGCAGGUCUCUAAGCUCGAGCAGGCGUUCGUCAAGUCGCUUCACUAGGCAAUAGACAACAGGAUGCAUAGG